AUGAGUUUCAAGUAUUUGGCAGAGAGAAUUUGUACAGAGUCUAGUGUACAUGGCUUACCGUACUUGGUCAAGAGGGAAUUACAUUGGACGGAACGUUUAUUUUGGAUUGCAGUUCUUAUUUCAGCGACCUAUUUCUCAAUCAACAUGUGCCUAAAUCAAUGGGAACGUUUUCGUGAAAAUCCGAUUGUUUAUGCUAUGGAAUUAACUUGGGGCAAAUCAGAUUUUCCUUACGCUGGCAUCACAAUAUGCUCUAAUUAUUACGAUGAAGAAGCUUUCACGCGGCUAAUUCAAGAAAAUUGGCAAGUUAAGCCAAAUGAUACUAAAUACCAAUACUAUUGGCAGUUUUUGUCGGUUUUAAAUAGUUUACAUGUAGAUAAUUUAAAGUCUUUAACGCCUUUUGCUAAAGACAAAAACUUAAAGAAAUUAAAAUUAUUAGAUGUAUUAUUACAGUUGCAUGCUAAACGAUUCCCUACGCAAUUGAAUGAUUCCGUUACCUUAUCAAGUGGUUUGUUAAUCGAUCUUGACAAUCGUUUCAAUCUUUAUGCUCCUGCUAUCACAGAAGGAGGAUUAUGUAAAACAACAUCUCAACUUUCCAAAUACACAAAUCCCUAUGGAAAACUUGUUUCUUUAUCAGUGUCAAAAGUUAUUUAUUGUGGAUUUCUUAAUGAGUGCAAUACAAAAAUAUUGCCAUUAGUUGACAGCAAAACAGACAUUCGAAUAUAUAUACAUAACGUAUUUGAUGUAGUUAUGCCGGGCGAUCGCAAUACCAUACUUCAUGAAAUAAAAGCUGAUGGCUCUUUAACAAUGGAAUUACUUUUAAGUGCCACAACAGCAGAAUCUGGGGUUAGAAAUCUUCCCAUUCAAUAUAGGAAAUGCCGUUAUCCCGAUGAAAAUGUUUUAAAAUACUUUGAGAUCUACAGACCAGGAGUUUGUCGUAGUGAAUGUCGUAUUGAUGCCGCUCUUAGACUUUGUAAAUGUAAGCCAUAUUUUUAUGCUGUGGCACCGGAGGCACCGAUUUGUGAUGUGGAUGGCAUGUUGUGUUUAGAUAGGAAAAAUUGGACACAGACACCUUGUAAUUGUGUUCCACUUUGCGAAGAGAUAAACUACAAUUUACAAAAAAUAUUGCAGAAAACUUCUAAGUUCGAAAGUACAAUCAUCGUAAUGCUAAAUUUGCCCUCAAUGGCUAUUAAACGAAGAGUGGUUUUUAGUACAGAUCAACUUGUUGUGUCUUUCGGUGGUGCUAUAAAUUUAUUUUUGGGUGCAAGUUUUAUAAGCGUUUUUAAUGUUGUCUACAUUUUUGCACAAUAA